AUGCCGAUAGCGGAGAGCCAGAUUGACAUGGCGCUCAUACAGGACACAAGGGGUAUAUUCACAUCGACUGAGCCCCCUGUGCGUAGGCUGAUAGAUCCCCUCAUUCCACCACAGCUGCUCCAAGCAGAAAUACCACCCUCCCAGGAGACGUUCAAAGCCGUUGCACGUGGUCGACAGGAAGCGAUUGAAAUAAUAACGCAGAAAGAUGAUCGCCUCUUGGUCGUCGUUGGCCCUUGCUCAAUUCAUGAUCCUGCAGCUGCAUUAGAAUACGCCCAACGUCUUCUUGAGCUUUCGCGCAAACUCGAAAAUGAUCUUUGCAUUAUUAUGAGAGCAUACCUAGAGAAGCCCCGGACGACAGUAGGGUGGAAAGGCUUGAUCAACGAUCCGCUUAUCAAUGAAACAUUCCAGAUUAAUCAGGGAUUGCGCGUAUCACGCCAAUUGUACUGUGACCUAACAAGGAUGGGUCUGCCGAUCGCGAGUGAGAUGCUAGAUACAAUAUCUCCCCAAUUCCUGGCAGAUCUAAUCUCUAUGGGAGCUAUCGGCGCGAGGACGACUGAAAGUCAGCUUCAUCGAGAGUUGGCUAGCGGAUUAUCCUUCCCAAUAGGCUUUAAAAAUGGAACAGAUGGCUCUUUGACAGUUGCUAUCGAUGCUGUCGGCUCAGCUUCAUCGCCACACCAUUUCAUGGGUGUGACUAAACAAGGUCUAGCCGCCAUUACAAGAACCAGUGGCAAUGAGCAUGGCUUUGUGAUCCUGAGGGGCGGAACAAAAGGCACCAAUUUCGAUCCUGACAGUGUGAAGGCGGCUCGGGAAGCGCUGAAAAAGAAGAACCAGAAGGAGAUCAUGAUGAUCGACUGCUCUCAUGGUAAUUCAAACAAAGACCAUCGUAAUCAACCAAAGGUCGCGAAAGUCAUUGGGGAUCAACUUCGACAAGGAGAGACCGCCAUUAUUGGUGUGAUGAUCGAAUCUAACAUUGAUGAAGGCAGUCAGAAGGUUCCUCCAGAAGGACCAGCCGCACUCAAGAAAGGCGUGAGCAUCACAGACGCCUGUAUUGACUGGGAUACAACGGUAGAAGUACUUGAACAACUUGCGGAUGCAGUCCGAAGUCGACGAAAAGAAUCAAAUAAUCAUACAAACGGAGCAAAUGGUCUCUGA